AUGGUCCGCGAAACAAAAUAUUACGAUCUUCUUGAGGUUUCUCCCAAUGCAUCAGAGUCUGAUCUUAAGAAGGCUUACCGCAAAAAAGCCCUCCGACUACAUCCCGACAAAGGCGGCGACCCCGAGCUGUUCAAAGAAGUGACUCACGCUUACGAAGUCCUCUCAGAUCCAGACAGACGGAGUAUAUACGAUGCGCGGGGUGAGGCUGGCUUGUCGGAACAGGGUGGAAUGGGUGGAAUGGAUCCUCAGGAUCUCUUCAGCCAACUCUUUGGCGGUGGGGGCGGUUUCUUCGGUGGUGGCGGGGGUCGUUCUGCUGGUCCUCGCAAGACUAAAGACCUCGUCCAUCGCGUGCACGUCACCCUGGAAGACCUAUACAAGGGCAAGACAACAAAACUUGCUCUCACAAGGAAUGCCAUUUGCUCCAAGUGCAAGGGCAAGGGCGGAAAGGACGGCGCUGUGCGGUCGUGUGGUAAUUGCGGUGGUCGUGGCGUCAAGGUCACUCUACGUCAAAUGGGCCCCAUGAUCCAACAAAUCCAGUCACCUUGCGACGAAUGCACAGGGACGGGAGAAAUCAUCAAUCCCAAAGACCGCUGUACGAAUUGCAAGGGCAAGAAGGUUCUGCCCGAGAAGAAAUACUUGGAAGUACAUAUCGACAAGGGCAUGAAAGGCGGUCAAACCAUCCAGUUCCGCGGCGAGAGCGACCAGUCACCAAACGCGGAAACAGGAGAUGUGGUCAUCGUUAUCGAAGAGAAGCCGCAUGAUCGUUUCCGCCGGCAGGAGAACGAUUUGAUCAUCGAGGUCGAAAUUGACCUUCUAACCGCGCUCGCAGGAGGACAGUUUGCGAUUAAGCACCUAGACGAUCGAGCACUUAUGGUUAAGAUCGAGCCAGGGGAUGUUGUGAAGCAUGGCGAGCUCAAGGUUAUUCAUGGUCAGGGAAUGCCUUCGCAGCGACACCACGAACCGGGCGAUCUUUAUGUCAAGUUAAGCGUUAAAUUCCCUGAUACUAUCGACGCUAGCGCGAUUCCCCUGCUCGAACGAGCGCUGCCGCCACGGGCACCCGUGGAGACAUUUGACAAGAACAUCAUCCUAGAAGAGGUUUCUCUUGACGAGACAGAUACCCGAACACGAGGAGGUAUUCACGACGAGCCAAUGGACGAAGACCAUGAUGAACCACGGGUUCAGUGUGCGAACCAGUAG